ACGAACACGACGAGCACCACGAGCACGAAAAAGCCCCACGAACACGACGAGCACCACGAGCACGAAAAGCCCCACGAACACGACGAGCACCACGAGCACCACGAGCACGAAAAGUCACACGAACACGAUGAGCACCACGAGCUUGACGAGCACCACGAGCAUGAAUACCCUGUGGAGGGGGACGAGCUUGUUGGCUAUCCUGGGAGCCAUAAAAAAGAACACUUGCAAGAAACGGAAGAGAUCGUUCAUGAGGGUGAAAGUCAUGAGCACGAUCAAGAUGAGGUUAAGCCCCACCGUGCGGAAGGGACGCAUGCUGCUGAUGAAGGGCACGAACACCCACUUCCUGAGCCUCACCACGCAGAGGAAGAAGUGCAUCGACGGGAGUCGCCAGUGGGGUAUGCGGAUCAGGGGAGCAGGAAGGGGAACAAUGAGGAGGGGUUACCGCCUCACACACAGGAGGUUCAUCACUUUAUCAAGCCAAGGAAAACGCCAUUAAAACAACCAACUCGUUGGGAUCCAGUUGAAUACGAUUUGCGUGAAGACAGCGACGAUGAGUUUGAAAUGACAACAGCAUUACGCCCUGUUUAUGAAGAGGAAGAGGUAUCCGAGAUGCCCCAUUUCAAAAAUGGCGAACCAGAUUACCAAGGCGAAUUUCUUUCCUGUUUUGAUGAGCCCAAUUUGCUGUACCGCAUUCUUAACCGCGAAGAAAAGACCUGGGCCUUUUACAACGAUACUCGCCAUUAUGAAAUGCAUGUGCAGUUCACCUUUGGCAAGCACUCCGUGUUGGAGCCCCUUGAAAAUACCAAAAUGUAUACAAAACACGAUGGUGAGCAUGUGGCUGAGGUCUAUGUUUACCCUGGAGAGACGGAAAUGUUCGUUAAGGGUAAGGUGAAUGGUUUCACGAGCAAACUCCGCGCAGUUCCCUUAUCAGAAGAUUACUGUAAGCGUCGUCAAGAGCUUGCUGAGGAAACCAUUCACCAGGAAAUGGCUCAGAUUAAGGAAAUUAUUGGGGAUGAGAAGGAUGCGGAGAAGGUUUUGAAGGCUUGUUUAGAGCAUAAUCUUCCCUUUGUGGACCCGGAGUUUCCGCCCUGCCAGGCUUCUUUGGACACUGGGGCAAAGAAGCCUUUCAAGCAUCUUCCCUGGGCGCGGCCUUCAUCGUACCUUCCUGACGACUUGGUUGAUCAGGUUCGCCUGUUCAGAGGUCCUAUUCGCCCUGGCGAGUUUGAUCAGGGAGAGCUGGGAGAUGUUUGGCUGAUGUGCUCCAUCGCCGCCGUCUCAGAGAACCCGGAUGCUAUUCUUAAUAUGUUCCGACACCCCAAGGGUGCUGAAGCAGGCAAAAGAGAGCGUGCUGUCGGCGCGUACCGUGUAAACUUCAACAAAAACGGUCUCUGGCGCAGCGUCGUCGUCGACAACUACCUUCCAAUUUCCGGGGGCAAACCCAAGUACGCAAAGAGCAGUCGUGAUCUUGCCGAACUGUGGCCUUCCAUCUUGCAAAAGGCAUUUGCCAAAAUGCACGGCAGUUACGCCCUUAUUUGCUCAGGUGAUCCACUUCACGCACUUCAGGACUUGACAGGCUUUCCAUGCUGUAGGUUUGAUGAUGCCUUUUCCAGCGCCUCUCGCUCUGGCAAGGAUGAUCUGUUCCAGGACUGGGUAAAGUACACCAGGGCUCACUAUCAAAUGUUGCUGAGCACCCCUGGCAAGGAUCCAAAGGAUGAAAACCCGAAUGAUCCCAAGUUGUCCAAGCGCUACCAGAGCGUGGGACUACUCAGUGGACACGCCUACAGAGUUUUGGAUGCGCAAUACUUUCCCAGUCACGAACUGCGUUUGUUGAAGCUGCGCAACGCAUGGGGUCGAAACACGGAGUGGAAUGGUGACUGGUGCGGCGACGAUGAAAAAUGGGAGCAAUACCCGGAAGUGGCGCAAGCUUGCGACUUUGAGAGGGAUGAUCGUAGCACCUUCUGGAUGUCGUGGGAAGCUUGCCUCUAUUACUUCAACGGCGGAGGCGUUUGCUUCUCCCAUCCGUCCCUCAACGAUUACCGUGUGCCCUCGAAAUUCGUGGCGUGCACGCCAUCCUGCGUUUUGGAGGUUAGCGUUGAGCAACCCACUUGGAUGUGUUUUACAAUCUCGCAGCGAGACAGGCGCGGACUCCAGGGGGCCGGCGAGUACCAACCUGUCAUGUUGAGCGUUGCGCAGCCGCUGGAAAACGAGCUCUACAAGGUCGUUCAAAACAGCUCCGCCGAUGCCUCCCACCCACUCUCCGACAAGUGGACCUUUUUCCAGGCCCGCGACGUCAGCCUGCUGCACAAGUUCCUUCCCGAGCACUCGCCAUACCUCGUCAUUCCUCGACUCAUGCACAUGGACGGUCAGGGGGAGAAGACGCCGUACGUCCUAGGAUUUUCGUGCAACAGGGUCGUUGGACGCGACGGCGUUACCGUCCAAUUUAAAACCAUCGACAAGGACAACAAGGUGUUACACAACUUUCCCAAGUUUGAACCCGAAACGACGCCUGUCGAGGUGGAGUACCAGGCCAAGCCACCCCACAAGGGAUACCCAGAGCAGAAGAUGGGGCAGUCGGUGUACUAA